AUGAAUCCCUACAAGUAUCAAUCUUGUGACCUGCCAGAUCAUGAUGCUGAGUACCUCAAUAUGGUGUGCAUAGAUGAGAAAUGCAACAAGCGACAAAUGUUGUGUUGCUAUUGCUAAUCGGAGCAUCAAAAAUGCAAGACCAUCCCUCUGAGAAAGUUCACCAAACAAUUUCAGGAUCAACUAAAUCAACUUACCUAGGAGACUUCCAAAGUAAAAUACACUGAUCUGAUACUAUACUUUGAUUAAAUUGAAGCCACAUUAGAAUAGUCUCAGAAAUUAAUUAAUGAAAUAUUCAAUAAAACAAAAUCAGCCAUUCAUGAUGCCAAGAACUCAAUAUAAUAAAUGACUACUUCUGAUGCCUAACCAUAGAGUCAAGGCUGCAUCCUACAAAAGUUCGAAUCAGAACCAUCCAAAGAAAACUUCUGUAAACUCCUGAUUGAAAUUGAGUCCUUCAAACCCAAUUCUGAUAAGUACUCAUUUACACUCAAGAAAAAUGCAUCCAAAUAAUUGCCUCAAUCUACUGAAAGUGUUGCAAAUGGGAAGAUCUAUGCUUAACAAUACUAAAGUGCAGCCAACACAUUUACUGAAUAAUUCUUAAAUCUCCAUGAAGUUCUAAAGAGGAAUAUCACUAACUUUUUUACAAGUGCUCCCACCAGAGUAACAGAACCAGACAAUGAUGGCAAACGCUUUGAUAAAUUCAAGUCUGACAACAUCUUUACACAAGUCUCUCAUCCCAAUCAAUAAUAAUAACAACAACCUAAAUCAAUCAUCUCAAUCGAAGAUGAUAUAGAUCCUCCUAAACCAAACAAAGAAUAGAAACCAAGUUAAAAAAAGAAACAGAAUGAUGUUGUCUCUCUGCCCUCCGAAGAGGAUGGAUGCACUCUAAGUUAAUUCAAGCAAUAUCUGGACAAAUCAACCGCCAAUAAAAAGGAAUAAGGCAACAAAUAAAAUACUAAUCCAAUCCCACAAUAAAAGUAAUAAUAGUAGGAAGUGAUACAACCAAAAUAACCUGAAAUACCUAACAAUAAAGCAUUGUCUUAAGAUGACAAUAUUGGUGAGGGUGAGACUAUCCUGAAUGUUUAGGAAUCUAAGGAAUUUCAAUUUAUGUUUGAAGGCUAGGAGAUUACCAAGUUGAUCUAUUUGAAUAAGAAUCUGAUUGGAGGAAUAGGUGGAACCAAGUGCAUGAUCUUUGAUGUUUCACCUAAGGAUUAGGAAAGACCGAUAAGAAUUCAAACACUCCAAUAUGAUGUAGAAUUUACUGACAUAGCCUAUUUGGAAAUGGAUGAAGAGAAUGGAUAACUCUAUUUGGCUACGAAGAAAGGCAAUAUGCUUACAUAUAUAAAAGAAGGAGUUAAGAAUAUAUCAUUUAGACAGACUUACAGUUCGACUCACAGUUUGGAUAAGCCUGGAAACUUGUUUCUUUAGGUGAGUGCAGUAGAUAAGUGUUUAUACAGUGUAGGUGAUGAGAAGACUAUCAAGAUUUGGUCAAUGAAGACAAUGAAGGAGUUGAAAAGAGUAGCAAUACAGGAUCUACCAACUGCCUUUCACUUAGACUACAAGAUUGCCUUCGUUGGAGGAAGCAACUUCAUUUAAAUCUGGGAGCCAACCACGGGAGUUGUUACUCAUAUGAAAGGGUUGGAUUCUAAGGUCACUAAAAUAUUGACAAAUGACUAGAAGAUGUUUGUGAGUAUGAUGCUCAAAAUUAAGAUCUAUGAUAAAGUUGGAUUGGGAGAGUAUCAUCUAUCCAAAGAAGUCACCUUUGGAUAAAUCUUUUCUAUGCAAUUAUUGAAGACAUGGCCGAUGCUUGUAAUCUCAUACAUGGAGAAAUCAGUUGGCAAAGUCAGCUUGUAUAAUUAUGUUGAUGAAUUGCAACCUGAAACUCUUGUGGAUAGAUUGGCAUUGAGUUGUGCUGUGAAAGAGCAGGAGAGAGUUAAUUAUUUGGCAUUUGGAUUGAGUAAUGGAAUAUGCUUAAUAUAUAAGAUGGAAUAGACAUUUUAGUAGUCACAAUGAUUUAUGAAUUAAAUUAUGAUACAUCAUAUUUUCUUGUCUAA